AUGGGGUCCCAAACUGCCAUCGUCCUGAGCUCUCCAUACAUGAUAAAGCAGCUCAUUGACAAACAGUCGGCCGUGUACAGCAACCGCCCCAAGUCAUACAUUGCAGACAAUCUGGUCUUCCACAACGACCAUCUCAUGUUCCUGAAUCCAGACACGAGAUGGCGACGGGGACGGCGGCUUUACCAUAAAUUCUUCAACGAAACGCUCUGCGAAAACAGCCAUCACCACCUUCAAAACGCCGAGGCGACACAGCUCCUCAAGGAUAUCUGCCAAACGCCAGACAAUUUCAUGAACCAUAUCAAACGGUUCACAAACAGCAUCAUAAUGAGCCUGGUCACCGGUAUCCGAACACCAACCCCGUCGGCAACUCAUAUGAAAAGCCUUUAUGCCGUGCUGGACGGUAUCUCUGAGAUAUUUGAAAUGGGAGCAACCCCGCCAGUCGACAUAUUCCCUUUUCUGAAUUUGAUCCCUGAGAAAUUCUUCAAUAACUGGAAAUCUCGCUCUGCUGCCCUUGCUCAGACUAUGGACUCUGUAUACGGCCCUCUGGUUGACCGAGUCCUAUCACGCCGGGAGAAAUCCGGGUCACUGAACAAGGAAAGCUACCUGGAUAUGAUUUUCGACCAGCAGGAUACGCUGCAGCUGACCCGGCAUGAAAUCGAUCUUAUGCUGGGUAAUCUGCUAGAAGGCGGGUCUGACACGACGGCUAUAACGACAAUUGCAUUUAUCCAGGCCAUGGCUCUGUAUCCGGAGGUGCAGAAGGAGGCACAGGCAGCUAUUGACUCAGUUAUUGGCGACGACAGAACACCGACAUGGGAGGACUUUUCAAGCCUUCCUUUCGUUGUCAUGGUCGUCAAAGAGACAAUGCGCUGGCGGCCUGUGAUGCCAACCGCCUUUCCACACGCAACAAGCAAAGAGAGCACCAUCGACGGAAUGACCGUCCCCGCCGGCUCAACCGUUAUCAUGAACGUCUGGAACCUGCACAACGACAGCACCUACCACGACAACCCGGCCCAUUUCAACCCGCAUCGAUACAAAGAUCGCACAGAGCUAGCUGCAGUGUAUGCAUCCUCCCCGGACUACCAAAACCGCGACCACUACGGCUACGGCUCUGGGCGUCGUGUCUGUCCUGGUAUCCAUUUAGCGGAACGUGGUCUUUUCGUCGCAUUUGCGAAGCUGAUGUGGGCGUUUGAUAUUACGCUCAAGGUGGACGGCGUGGGAAGCACAGUCCCCAUUAAUUGUGAUCCUGUCACUGGAUAUACCGAUGGGUUUUUAAGGUGUGCUAGACCUUUUGGGGUUGAUAUUAAGCCGCGCUCGGAGGAGAGACAGAGGACUAUCCUGGCUGAGUUUGAACGUGCGGAGCGAGAGGUGUUUAGCAAGUAUGAUAUUUAA